GACGCCUUUCUGUCCACACUAGUAACCCACGCCCGCGGCCUCACGCCUGCACGCCCAACACUCGUCCCUCGCCCACCCGCGCCGUCCGUGGCGCCGCGCCGUCCUGCUUGCUGGUGGGGACUUGAAUGCGCCGGACACAAUGAUCCGACACACAGUGCUCGCUCCUCGCGCCCGCCGCCCGUGCCGCCGCCCGCUCUGAAGGCACCCCGCGCGUGACGUCAGCCAAGGACGCCUCGGGGGUGGAACACACACACCGCAGCGGCGUGGCACCCCACAUCCCGGGGAACAGUCGCACGCUAAACGUGGCGCGAAACACACCGGCGUGCACAUUGCCUGGCGCCGAGCCUACGCGGCACCCAGCGAGCAGCGCAGAGAGGCGGGAUGUGUCCCUAGUGAGGCGAUACAGCAGCGACACAGCGAAAGACAGCCAGAUAGUCCGCGGGUGUGCGGCACCGGCCAGCCUGCGACCUGACACUUGUUACUCACUCGUUAGUGGUGACGCGUCUGCCCAUACAGAGAUAGAGAGCCACGGACUCCGUGUGCGUGUGCGUGUGCGUGUGUCAGUGUGACCUGUGUGCUGGUGGGGAGUUGUAUCACAGUGACCAUGCGUUGGCUCAGAACGGGAGUGGUGAUGGAGGUGGUGGUGAUGGUGGUGGUGAUGGUGGUGGUGGUGGCGGCGCAACACACACAGGAGGGCGAGGAGCAGGAGGCCCAGACACUUGCCCAUGAGGAGCAGCAGGCGGCGACACAGCAGUCUGAGGCCGAGGAGGUCCUAUCGCGCCUCACCAGACAGGCGGAAAGGCGUGGUCAGCGAGAUGGUAUCAGGCUCGCCGUGCACAGGGACCCGUACAUCUUCAAUCUAUUCGAGGUGCUGCUCACGACCCUGGAGAGCAAAUUGCGCAGGGUGGAGAACAUGGACAGGGCGCUCGAGAGGUUGGUGAGACGGCUGGACACGGUGGAGAACAGGCUAGCGGUCAACCUGAACACCACAGCGCAGCUGGUACGCCUGUUGGAGACACGGCUAGUCGACCCUAACGCCUACAGAACGACAGUCACCAGCAGCACGAGCACCACCAACACCAAUAGCAACAGCAGAAGCAGCAGCGAGGACUCAAGUAGUAGCAAAGGCAAAGGCACACAAGCAGAAGGCCAGAGCAGCAGUGAUGGGUCUGAGGGCAAGCAGGAUGAUGGGUACGGCCGGGGCAUGAGUCUGAUGGAGCAGCGGCUGUACCUACUGGCAGAACAUGUGACCCGCAUCGACAACAAGCUGUCCUCCAUGCAGAAGACACUGGACACUAACAGCAUCGUGGCGCCCCAAGACGAGUUGGUGGCAGCCGCGUCGGAGAGUUACCGUGUCGGGGUGGACAUCCCGCGCAUACAGUCCCUGGAGAAGAAUCCCACAAUGAACAAGCUGCAGGAGUCUAUUGAAAGCGUGCGAGAGUCCGUGGCUUCAAUGGAUCGCCGUUUGCAGUUCCACAUGGCUUACGUCUCCGGGGAUCUAGAACAGCUGGCGGGUUCCGUUAGAGGCAUCCACUCUGCUAUCCUAGAGGAGCAGUCACCGCCCUUUACUGACGCCACCACGCCCCCCACCAGCUGGAAUGUUACUCGUCCGCCGCCCCGCACCAAGAUUGACUCCCUGGUGGAUCGAAUGUCGCCCAUGGAGACUGUAUGGGAGAAGAUGGAGGAGUUUGUGAGAAUGUCUUGUCUGGAGUGUGGUGGUGGGCACGAAGAGCUCCGUGGACGUGCUGGUACCAAGAGCGAGGCGUUGCUGAACACAAGCCAGCGACAAGAGCGAGCGAUCUCCACCAUACACUCUGACCUCACCGAGAAGGCCAACAGAAUCAUACAGAACCUUGACGAGGUGGAGCAGACACUGAAGACAAUGCCGCUGGACAAGGGAAGGCAACGUGACCACAUUAACCCCGUCACGCUGCUCCACCGCUCCACACACACCCUCCACCUGCAGGACGACACCCCGAUGGAAGACCCACCUGGCGACCUCGUGGACCAGGACACGCAGAGCUUCCUGACGGAACACAAUAGCAGCGAGAUGUUAACCACCACGGAGAGGCCCGCCACCAGGAGUCCCUUGGGUCCCUCCGGCCUCGUGUUCCCCUCCGUGCAAGGCAAACCAGUCACCGUCAACAACAGCUUCAUUGUCAACGACCAGCACGAACUGUCCAUGAAGCAAGGGUACUCAUGCGCAGACCUCAGGAACGAAGGGCAUACGGACAGCGGCACGUAUUACCUCAACAUCCGAGGCACCACCUACUGGUUCCUCAAAGUCUACUGCGAUAUGGAGACUGCAGGAGGUGGAUGGACGGUAAUCCAGAGAAGAGACGACUUUGGCGAGCCCCGAGAGACCUUCAACAGGGAAUGGGAUGACUACAAACACGGCUUCGGUAACCCUGAAGCUGAGUUCUGGUUGGGCAACGAAAACAUCUACAUGCUGACCAACACAGACGAUCACAUGCUGAGAGUGGAGCUGGAGGACUUCGAUGGUAACAGAAGAUUCGCAGAGUAUUCCACUUUCAAGCUGCACAGUGAGAAGGACAACUACAAGCUAGAGAUCAGCGGCUAUUCUGGCAACGCUGGCGACUCCCUGAACGAUCCCUGGUACGGCUCCAAUCUCAGCCCCUUCUCCACCGUCAACAGAGAUAACGACCGGUCGAGCCUGAACUGCGCCUCUAUGCUGAAGGGCGGGUGGUGGUGGCGGUCCUGUGGGCGUGGUCUUAAUGGCAUCUACCUGACGGAUCCCAAUGACCUCACGGCACGGCAAGGCAUCGUGUGGUUCAGGUGGAGAGGCUGGGACUACACGCUGAAGAAGUCGGUGCUGUUAAUCAGACCCAAGAACAAGGACAGGAAAGAGCCGUGCUGCUGAUGCUCGUGCCGGAGAGCUGCUGGAGGAGGAGGAGCGCCAUGCCACUUACAGGAGAAGGAGCAGGAGAACUCAAGCCACCAGCAGGAGCAACACGAGCAGGAGGAGGAAGGAGAAAAUGUUAAAAAAAAAUGAGAUAGAUUUAGUUGUGGUGAUGCAUCUACGCUUCCAUGGCUUGUUUUGCUUGAUUCGACGCAGUGUUUACGAAGAAAUGUCAAAUAAGUUACUGAAAAGUUAGCGAAGAAAGUGGUUACUGGAAAAUGAAGGUAAUUAGACAACAGAAAACAAAAUCUGAGAAAUGAAACAGAUGUAAAAACAGGAAAAA